AUGGGUGAAAUAGAACAGAUGAAGCAAGAGGCAGAGCAGCUGAAGAAGCAGAUUGAGGAUGCUCGAAAAGCUUGUGCAGACACCACACUUGCUCAGCUCGUCUCUGGGAUAGAAGUGGUUGGCAUACAGAUGCGUACACGGCGAACCGUGGGCACCUGGGCCAAGAUCUAUGCUUGUCAUUGGUCCACAGACUCCAAGUAAGCUUAUGUCAGUGCCUCACAAGAUGGAAAGCUCAUUGUGUGGGACACAUAUACAACCAACAAGUAAGGGCAACUUACACUGGUCCAUGCCAUUCCUCUCCUCUCCUGGGUCAUGACCUGUGCCUACGCCCCAUGGAAUUUUGUGGCCUGUGGAGGUCACAACAUGUGCUCUAUCUACAAUCUCAGAGUCCGCGAAGAAGUGAAAGUAAGCCGGGAACUCUCGGCCAUACAGCACCUUCCCUGCUGUCGGUUCCUGGAUGACAACAACAUUGUGACCAGUUCUGGGGACACAACAUGUGCCCUCUGGGACAUUGAAACAGGACAGCAGAAGACAGUCUUCAUGGGCCAUACUGGCGACUGCAUGAGCCUGGCUGUCUCCCCAGACUUCAAGCUUUUCAUCUCUGGAGCCUGCGAUGCCACCGCCAAGCUGUGGGAUGUCCGGGAGGGAACUUGCCGCCAGACAUUCUCUGGGCAUGAGUCUGACAUCAAUGCCAUCUCCUUCUUUCCCAGUGGUGAAGCCAUUUGCACUGGCUCCGAUGAUGCCACCUGCCGCCUGUACGACCUUCGAGCAGACCAGGAGCUCAUUGUCUAUGCGCACGAAAGCAUCAUCUGUGGAAUUACCUCAGUCGCAUUCUCCCGCAGCGGCCGCCUCCUCCUGGCUGGAUAUGAUGACUUUAACUGUAACAUCUGGGACUCUUUAAAGUCAGAGCGUGUGGGAAUCCUGUCUGGGCAUGACAACAGGGUGAGUUGUUUGGGAGUAACUGCUGAUGGUAUGGCCGUAUCGACUGGCUCCUGGGACAGCUUCUUGAAAAUCUGGAACUGAAGAUGAAAUGAGAGAAAAUAAC